AAUAAAAGUUACUAAAAAUAAUCGAACGUAACCAAACAAAACUAAAUAUAACUAAAACGAAAUAAAAAUAAAUACAAGUAAAUAAAACGAACAAAAAGAUGUUAAUCUGAACCGGGUCUGUGAUAAAACAUAAAAAUGCGUCAUAUAAAACCGAUUUGGAUCUAUAUUUUGAUUCUAAACGCCGUAAAAUGUGAUAAAGUGUUACGAAUAUUCCGUAACACCGAAGAUAAUUACACUCCAAUAACCUCAAAUUACGUCCAAGCAAAAUCGGGCUCAAACUUAACCUUAACUUGCGAAUUAUGGACCAAUAUCACCGAUAACACGAUAAUGGACGAUCAAAUCACUUGGGGGAGAGUCCCGCCGUUCACAAAACAAGAGGAGCUCAAUGAAGAAUUAUUAAAGCUUCGUGUGGUUUACGUUAGAACAAGCGACGUAAAUAAAGCGGUUAAAACGUUCAAUCCAUUAAGAUCUGACGAUGCAGGAGCGUAUUUUUGCGUUAGUUACAAAUAUGGGUUGGUUAAAAUCGUUCAUAUCGUUGCGAAUUCGAACGAUUUCGCACGAUCGGUUAAUGAAAUUGAAAGACCCGAUCCGUUGUGUGUCGGUUUGUUCCAAUGUGCUUCAACAGGGGUUUGUAUUAAUUUGAGAUACGUUUGCGAUGGGAAAAAGGAUUGUAGAGAUGGUUCUGAUGAGAGUGAUGAGAGAUGUGAUGGCGAUCCUUGUAGAGAUAAAAUUCAAUGUGAUGAUCGGUGUAUUCCUAAAUAUUGGUGUUGCGAUCGAAAUUUAGACGCAAAUUGUAACGUGACGUACCGCCCGUAUUGUUGCCCGAUUGAAGUAACGGAAUUUGCUUACAUUCCCCACAACAUAACCCAAUCGAAACAACGUCACUCCGAUUUCGUUUUUAUCGCAUUCUUUUGCUUUUUAGGUAUUUUCGUGAUGAUAAUAAUCCUCGUUGGGGUCUUCAUUUUGAUGUCGAAGAUGUUUCUGUUGGUGAAUAAGCAAGGUUUUGGGCCAAGUUUCGAAGAUAUCCGGCCGGAAAGAGGUGCUCAAGAAACGUCGCCCCCAUUUUCUUCGGGAUUUUUAAACCGAUCGUGUAGAAAUCGAUUGAUUUUGAGUAACGUUCGAUACGCAUCUCCUGGCGACGCUGAAAACGGACAAGAAAUGACCGAUUUAUUACAACAACCAGGCGGAAGGAGUGCGUUCGAUCAGCCACCUUCGUACUCCGAAAUUGAAAGAUUAGAGGCUCCACCUCCUUAUACGAGUCGCGAGUGUCUUAACGUUUUGAGUACACUUUAAAAAAUUAGGAGAGAAUGAUGCUGAGAAGUUAAAAGUUUGUUUAAGACUGGUUAUUAAAACGUUACAUAUCGAAAAAAAUAAAUAAAUUGAGCAAUAAUUAUUUACAAUAAAUUAAGUGGAAAGUUUGUGCUUUAUGUUAAAAUAAGAUGAUAUUAAAACUGAUUAAGUGCCUUAAAAUGAGAUGUAAUUAAUGUUAAUGAUGUAAAAGUUGAGAUUAUUUUUAAGAUCUGACUGUGAAUGAUGUUUGAUGAACAAAUUGCCAUGUUUUUAGCUUAAUACUAUUAAAUUAAAAUUUAA